UGACGAGCCAUCCUGCCGAGGAGCAGCAGGGGAACGAGGAGCCGAAGCUUGCUCGCUGCUGGGGUCCGGCUGAUUGGUGAAGACAAUCACCCCCGCCUCCGGCAUAACUAGCCAGCGGAACAACUUGUCGUUUGUUGACUGCCUGGAGGUGUUCCGAUUUCACGCUACAUGGAGGUUGAGGGUGGCGUUCCUCCAAAGCGUCUCAGUUUGCGCGCGCAUCAUGAAAAAAAGGCGUUCGACAAGACCACUCCAGUGAAGGCGAGAGCUAUGGAGUCCUCUCUUGAAUUGUCCAACUCUUUGGGCAGCGUGUCAUCGCUGCUGAGCGGCUGCAGGACAUUCAAAGUGCUCGUGAUUGGGGACUCAGCGGUGGGCAAGACUUGCCUCACACACCGACUCUGCGCCGGUCAUUUCCCCAGCGGCGUGGAGGCAACGAUCGGCGUGGACUUCCGAGAGCGACUCCUUGAAAUUGACGGGGAGAUGAUCAAGUUGCAACUGUGGGACACAGCAGGACAGGAACGCUUCCGUAAGUCAAUGGUGCAACAUUUUUACCGAAAUGUGCACGCAGUUCUCUUCGUCUAUGAUGUCACAUGCUGGGCCAGUUUCAGCAGCCUCUCUGCUUGGGUAGACGAGUGCCGAUGCAACUCUCUUGGCCAGGAAGUGCCCAGGUUUCUGGUUGGGAACAAGAACGACCUCCGUGAUGUCGUGAAGACCGAUGGCCUGGUGAACCAGGAACAGGCGCUGAAAUUUGCCAAAACUCACAACAUGAUGUUUUUUGAGACAUCGGCCAAAUACUCCGGCAGACGGCGAAGUGUUGGGGAUGUGCCCUAUCAGCAGGAUAAUGUCGAGGAUAUUGUCAAUGCUGUCGGUGCCAGACUGAAGAGACAGAAGAGUCACAGCGCAGCGUACAACCUGGCAUACAGUGGCUCUUUUAAAGUUUUCAACAAGAAACCAGAGGAGAAAGAAAUAUGGAGCUGCUGCUGAAAGCGAGAACAAUUGCCUUGCAUUGGGAGAAACUAAUAUAGAUAUGUUGAUAUUUAUACUUUUUAAUAUUGGGCAUGUUACUCUUUGAAAUAUUGUAAUGUUGUCAUGUUUAUGUUUAUUAAUGAGCAAAUAAA